AUGGGUGCCACUCACCUUCAAAAUGACCCCCGACCCGGGUCACCAGUUGACCAUCAACCCACCACAUGGGGAGAAAUGAUCAAGAAAUGGCCUAAGCAGACUUUUCUGAUUGUUGGAAAUGAGCUAUGCGAGAGAUUCAGUUUCUACGGAAUGAGAGCCGUCUUGACUCUCUACUUCUUCAACAUCCUCGGAUUCACACAAUCCUCAAGUACAGUACUUUUCCAUGCAUUUACCGUAAUCUGUUACACUUCUCCUCUUCUUGGUUCGAUUCUUGCUGAUGGAUACAUCGGAAAGUUCUGGACAAUCUUUUUCGUCUCUAUUUUCUACUCCUGCGGUCAAAUUCUUCUUGCGUUCUCUUCGAUUGCGCCAAGUGAGAGUUCUCAUCAUCCAUUCCUAGACCUGCUUGGUCUCCUGAUAGUCGGUCUCGGUACAGGAGGUAUCAAACCAUGUGUCUCUGCAUUCGGAGGUGAUCAAUUCCCUGCUCAUUACACCAGAAUGAUCUCAAUUUUCUUCUCAAUGUUUUACUUUUCAAUCAAUGCUGGAUCUCUUAUCUCCAUGUUCUUGACUCCAAUUAUGAGAUCAAUGUCCUGUUUCGGAGGCGAUUCUUGCUAUCCUCUUGCUUUUGGAAUUCCAGCUUUUUUGAUGAUCGUUGCCACGUUGGUAUUUAUGUCUGGAAGUUAUUGGUACAAAAAAGUUCCACCAAAGGAAAAUAUCAUCUUCAGAGUUAUUGGAACUAUUGCAACAGCUCUCCGAAACAAAGCCACUUCCUCUUCAACCCAUCAUCGUGCUCAUUGGCUUGAAUACUCUCUCGACGGACACGACUGUGCAAUGUCUCCAGAAUGCAAAGCUCUUCAUGGGAAUUGUGCCCAAAGAAGAUACAUUCAAGACAUCAAACAACUCUUCCGCGUGAUGGUCAUGAUGAUUCCAGUUCCAAUGUUCUGGGCUCUUUACGAUCAACAAGGAUCCACGUGGGUACUUCAAGCGAUUGGAAUGGAUGCAAAUGUAUGGGGAUGGGAGAUUCUUCCAGAUCAAAUGGGUGUUCUCAAUGCUUUUUUGAUCUUAUUCUUUAUUCCGAUUUUUCAAUCGCUUGUCUAUCCAGCCAUCGAGAAAUGUGGGUUCGAGUUGACAAUGCUUCGAAAAAUGGGAUGCGGAGGAGUGCUGACAGCCCUGGCAUUCUUCGUUUGCGGAGUUGUUCAGUUAUUUGUUAACUCUUCUCUUCCAUACUUGCCAGCUGCAAAUGAAGCUCACUUGACUAUUAUUAACACUCUCCCAACUUGUGAUUUCAAAGUUCAAAUUGAUGGAAGAGAACCAUUCGAUAUAUUGAGUAAAACGGGAAUCAACCCAGAAGAUCUUGUAACCAAACCAAUCAGUUUCACCGGGUCAACUGUGUUCCAGCCAAACAUUACAUUUGAUAAUACCUCUCCAAACUGUCCAAAGUUCACUGCCAAUCCGACAUUUGCCUCAGCCACUUCCUACGUUUUGACUCUCUCUCCAAACGGAUGGACAUACAAUUCAGUGAAUCCUCAGAAGCCGAAAAGUGGGAAUGGAGAGUUUGGAAUUGGAAUCAACUUAAUCGUUCCAUGCGAUAAAAUUCCAUCAAACGUCACAUGGGAAAAGUGUAACGGAACAGACGGAUAUUCUGGAAGUAUUGCGAUGUGUAAAGUAGAGAAAAAUGAAGUCAUGGAAACAGAAAUAAUCUGUAAACCAAAUCAGAAAGGAAAGUUCUACACUCUGACCAAAGCCAACCAUCUCGAAGUUCAUGAUUACAUCAACGGAAGUUCCAGUAACUAUGGUAAAAGCUACGACACAGUUGACGCCAAACCGGGAACUUAUAAGUUGUUCUAUACCGAUGAUAGUCAUAAAACAUUCAUCCCACUGAUGCUUCCAUCAAUCGAACAAAAACAUAUGGGAGGUGUGUACCUGGUUACAGUUUCAACAAGGUCGAAUGGAGAUUCAGAGAUCCUUGCUACCACUGAAUCUCUCGUUUGCCACAAUCGAGUAAGUAUUCUCUGGCAAAUACCUCAAUACGUGAUCAUCACUGCCGGAGAAGUCAUGUUCAGUAUAACUGGUCUGGAAUUCGCGUAUUCUGAAGCAUCACCUCAAUUGAAAUCAGUGGUUCAAGCACUUUGGUUGUUCACAACAGCUGUCGGCGAUCUCAUUGUUGUCAUUAUUUUUAUGUUGAACAUCUUUUCCGAUGUGGCUGUCCAAAUGUUUGUUUUCGGUGGAAUCAUGCUUCUCGUCAUUUUUGUUUUCAUUCUUCUCGCAAUCUUCUAUUAUGAAUACGCUGAUUACUCGAAUGAAGGCGAAGUUCUGACGGAGAAGAUGAUGGUCGAUGAUGAGCACACUCGCAUUUGA